AUGAUUUAUGUGUUGGAAGAGCCUAUAAAUACAGGAGGAGCAUCUGUGUCGAGCCAUAUUUCAGCUGAGGGUUGCGAAAAGAUGGCUGAGAGUGUGUUCUUGUUAGUUCAUCAUCGGGGAAAGAUUGAUGAAAACACAAGUGAGGGUGUAACGUUCAGUAGCAAGAAACAGGUUGGAGUGUUCAUAAAUCCAUCAACGAGUUUAGAUGAUUUACGAAAUAGCAUAUUACAGAAGUUAGGGAAGUGCAGUAAAAAGCUUGUGAAGCAGAUGUUCUUUAGGAUCCAUAUCUCACUCAGGCAAGGUUAUGUGAAGUUUGGAAAAUAUGAGAUGCUAGGCUAUAACGACAUUCAUGUUAUAUUUCACAGUCAAUCGAGAUUUCCAGAUUUGGGGGCUAUGGAGUUGUUCGCGAAAAUGGCUGAUGUGGAGGGUAGCUCCGGUGGAUCUGCUCCAAAUCUGCCCACCGUCGGGGUAGAUGGUGCUUCAAGUGCCAUUCCAAUCUGUCACGACAUCACCGCCCACGUUUCAUCUCCUUCAUUUGCAGCCGAUCUGGCUGUUCAUGCUGAAGAUGGAGAUUGCUUGGGUGAUGUGCGAACCUUCAGGGAGCUUGCAGCGGCAAUCAGAGAGGGACCGGUAUUGGAUGGUGCAACUAUGUUCAUGGAGAUCAGAGAUAGGGAUCCACUUGCUGAGGCCAUUGGCGAUGAUGAUUCAGAUUCGGAACCACCCAUUAUUGGUGAUGAAUCUGACGGUGAGGAUGACACAAGACCAGUUGGGAGAUCGCAAGGCCAAACAAGUUCUCAGACACAACAGUACCCUCCACACUUCUCUACAUUGGAUCUUGAGGCGAUGAAUCAACCAGCAUUUUUAGGUCGACAAAUGUCAACUAUUCACAGAGACGAGCACGAUAUGCAUGGGACAGAGGAGUUUGAGGUCGGGCAGCGGUUCCAGAGUAAGGAGGAGGCAGUGUCGAUGGUGAAGAAUUAUAAUAUCCGCCGUGGUGUUCAGUAUAUGGUGUUUAAGUCGGACCAGUUGAAGUAUCACGAGAAGUGCGUCCAAUUUGAGAAUGGGUGUAAUUGGCUGAUACGCGUGACUAUAUGGCAUUGGAAGGGAUACUGGGAAGUCCGGAAGUACAAUGGGCCUCACGCAUGUCUUGCAACCGAGUUGUCCACCGACCAUAGGGUGGAUGCAACAAUCUCGGUGAAAGUACUGCAGAAUGUGGUCUCAACGACAUAUGGUUUCAAACCCAGCUACCGGAAGGUGUGGAUGGCUAAGCAGAAGGCGAUUGCACAUAUUUAUGGUGAUUGGGAGGAAUCUUACAACAUAAUUCCGAGGUGGAUAAUCGGGGUUUAG